AUGGCCACCCCAAUUACCGACGAGAUCGUCCCGCCGCUCGAAGUGUCCCCGGCCAGCCCGGCCUCUUCCACAGGUCAAAUCCCUCUCGACCAGCCGCCGAAAAUCAAGAGUCGUCGAAGGCUAUUUCCGGGUCUGCCGCGCCGGCAGUCUAGCCAGUCGUUGACCCGCCGCGGCCGAUCUGCAUCCACCGGGUAUCGCCGGGACCACAAAGCCUCCUUAUCGUGUGUCUCGUUAUCGUCUCCAUACUCCCCAUGCGUGGGAAACGGAAGCUCCUCGCAACUUUAUGGUGGCCUGAAUGGACCCCGACCGGCCACACCGGGCUGUUCCGGUGCGCCCGCUGAGGCUCGCGGAAUCAGCAAUCGUAUUCGGCUGGUGGGCACGGAGUCGCCCAGCUCGCAGCCGCGCACGGUACCCUUGCCCUUUGACUUGAGACCGGCCUCUCGCGGUUCACCUCUCAGUACUUCUACGGAGGGUGAAGUGGUGGAUACGGAAAUUACGCUGCCGGAUACACUGCCGGAUACGCUGCCGGAUGCGCGGCCUGCUAGGAAUCUUGACUUUUGGGGUGAUAUGCCCAGAGAGCUCAAGAUGGAGAUUUUUCGGUAUCUGACUCCCCUCGAAAUUAUUCGCUGUGCGGCUGUGUCAAAGCUCUGGAAUGAGAUGUGCUAUGAUGGCCAGUUAUGGUCCAUGGUCGAUACGACGGAGUACUAUAACAAGAUUCCUAGUGACGUUUUGGUGAAACUCAUUACGUCUGGUGGGGCCUUCGUGCGCGAUCUCAAUCUCAGAGGCUGUAUUCAACUUCGCGACAAGUGGUCCUCGGAUGGAGAGCGUAUCUCUGAUUUGUGCCGCAAUGUGGUCAACUUCUCGCUUGAAGGCUGUCGCAUCGACAAGACGACCAUUCACUAUUUCCUGCUUCGGAACCCUCGCUUGGAAUACAUCAACGUGUCUGGCUUGUCCAGUAUCACGAACUCGGCAAUGAAGAUCAUCGCACAGUCUUGCCCCCAGCUUGAGACUUUGAACAUCUCUUGGUGCAACCAUGUCACUGCCCACGGUCUUCUCAAGGUGGUUAAUGCUUGUCAUCUGUUAAAGGAUCUUCGCGCCAGCGAAAUUCGGGGAUUUGCCAACGAGGACUUUGCCUUGGCCCUUUACGAGCGAAACACCCUGGAGCGAUUGAUCAUGAGUCGCACCGACCUAUCUAACCAAAGCCUGAAGAUUUUGAUGCACGGCGUCGACCCGCCUUUGGAUGUGCUGACCGACCGACCGAUUGUGCCACCUCGACGACUCCGACAUUUGGAUUUGCAUCAAUGCCCGGACGUCAGCGACGAUGGCUUGAAGAGUUUGGCCGGGAACGUUCCUGACCUGGAAGGCCUACAAGUUUCGCAAUGCUCGGAUUUGACCGACGACUCCGUCAUCGAUGUCAUUCGCACUACCUCGUACCUCUCCCAUCUCGAAAUUGAAGACCUGGAGAAUUUGACAAACGCCACUCUCAUUGAAAUUGCAAAGUCUCCAUGUUCCCAAACCCUUGAGCACCUCAAUGUCAGCUACUGCGAAAACCUGGGGGACACGGGAAUGCUGCAAGUUGUUAAGAGCUGCCCGAAGCUGCGAUCCAUCGAAAUGGACAAUACCCGCGUGUCGGACUUGACCCUCAUGGAAGCGAGCUACCGGGUGCGCAAGCGCGGCUACGGCGAGGAACACCCCAAAUUCGGUCUCCGAUUGGUUGUUUUCGACUGUGCCAACGUAACCUGGGCAGGCGUGAAGGAAGUCCUAUCUAGCAACUGCUUUAUUCCCCGCUCUCGCAAGCCAGUAUCCACAAUUGUGACCGUCACCCAAGCAUCGGACUCCGACUCCCCAACGACAACGACUUAUGUCACCCCAGCUUCAACCCCCUCCCCAUCACCCACCUAUCCCAAGGAGAUCAUCCAGCUCAAGUGCUUCUAUGGGUGGCAGAUGACCGUCGACGAGCACACUAAGCGCGUCAUACGAGGUGAUCUGAUAGGCGCUAGUCGCCUUGAUCGCAAAUGGGCCGACUACAUGAUGGCCAACGAGGAAGCGGGCGCUACAGGUGCAGGUGCCCGGCGCAGGAGACGCCGUGCUCGCGAAGCGGAACGGCUCUACAAUGCCGACGAAGAUGACGAAGAUGAUGCCUACGGUGUUGGUACCUUUUCUGCCCUCGGAGGCAGGCGGCGGCGUGCUCAAAGCGGCUGCCUCGUUAUGUGA